CCCACACGUGCGGGCAAUGCAGAACUGUCAAAAUUAAAUAUUUUCUUACGUAAAUUAAAAUGUCCUGGUUAUUCGGAUAUAACAAUGCCCCUUCAGGUGGUCAGAUACCCCCGGGGAUGAUUCCCCCUGGACCACCAGGCGGCGGAGGAGACGGAGGGGAUAAAGACAAGGGAAAAUCGAGAUCGGAUGCCUACAGUUUUGAUUCUGCAGCUUUGGAGAGGGCAGCAAAAGCUGCGCAAACAUUGGAAAGAUCACCUCAUGCAAAAGAUGCACUUCAACUUUCAAAGGCGCAGGAGCUCACAUUGCAGCUUGAACACCAAGCCAAAAUCAAGGUAGACAUCUAUGCAAUCUGUGAAAUAUUUCUUAACUUGUCUUUUUCUCAGGAAUUGUGUCUUUGUGUCAUCUUCUUGGACAUAGGGUUGAAAAUAAUACAUACAUGUUUCUCCUCCUUCAGUGACCCAAAACACAUAAUUUUUGAACAUGCAAAAUAUGACUGUUUAAAUUUUGUUUGGCAGUUUAAUAAAACAAUUACAUUACAUUCACAGGAAACGGAGGCUCAUAUUGAACAGUUGAAAAUGGAGCAGGCUCGGGUGAUGCAGGAGGAGAAACGGAAGACGCUUCAGGAAGAGACGAAACAAAACCAGCAACGGUCACAGUACCAGGACCAGCUGGCGAGAAAACGAUAUGAGGAUCAACUAGCUCAACAGGCCCGAUUGAAUGAAGAAAACUUGAAAAAACAAGAAGAGUCCAUACAGAAACAAGAACAAAUGAAAAGAUCAACUAUGGACUACCAAGCAGAAUUGAAUCACAAAAAUGACAUGAAGCGUAUAGAGGCCGAGUUGCGAGGCAAGGCGCAGGUUGAACGAGAAAAUGCUGACCUCAUCAGAGAGAAGAUUAGGCUUAAAGCGCAGGAGAAUAGACAGACCAGACUGGAAUCAAUCAAGACAGCCGGAGCUGUGUUGGGUGAAGGUUUUAGAGCUCUUAUCUCUGACUGGGACAAGGUUACCGCCACUGUUGCUGGUCUAACAAUGGCGGCUGCGGGUAUUUAUGGAUCAAAAUAUGGUAUUGGUGUGGCUGCAAGGUAUACCGAGGCAAGAUUGGGAAAACCAUCACUGGUACGAGAAACAUCGAGAAUUACUGUGCUAGAAACAUUGAAGCACCCCAUACAGAUAGGAAAGAAACUUUUUAAGAAGAAUGAAGAGGUGUUAACGGGAAUUAUUCUUAAACCUACCUUAGAAGAGCGUCUUAGAGAUAUCGCCAUAGCAACUAGACACACAAAGAAGAACAGUGGUUUCUAUAGAAAUCUGCUUAUGUACGGUCCCCCUGGAACUGGUAAAACUAUGUUUGCAAAGAACUUAGCUCGUCACUCUGGUAUGGACUAUGCCAUUAUGACCGGUGGUGAUGUCGCCCCAAUGGGUAAAGAAGGAGUUAGCGCCAUGCAUAAAGUCUUUGACUGGGCACAGACAAGCAGGAAAGGAGUGUUGCUGUUUGUUGAUGAAGCUGAUGCCUUUCUCCGAAAAAGAAACCGGGAGCUGAUUAGUGAGGACAUGAGGGCCACAUUGAAUGCCUUCCUGUACAGAACUGGGGAACAAUCAAAUAAAUUCAUGCUGGUCCUUGCCAGUAACACGCCGGAGCAGUUUGACUGGGCAAUCAAUGACCGUCUGGAUGAGAUGGUAGAGUUCAUCUUGCCGGAUCGAGAAGAGAGGCAGCGUCUUGUCAGACACUACUUUGAUAAAUAUGUUCUGCAGCCAGCAUUUGAAGGCAAAGGCCGUAUGAAGAUCGCAGAAUUUGAUUAUGACUUGAAAUGUACGGAAAUUGCGGAUCGUAUAGAAGGCCUGUCAGGGAGAGAGAUCUCAAAACUGGGUGUGGCGUGGCAGGCAUCAGCCUAUGCUUCGGAGACGGGCAUUCUCACAGAGGAGAUGAUUGACGAGAAGGUGAAUGAUUCCCUCAUAGCUCAUUCCAAGAAGGUGGUCUGGCAGGAGGACCAAACCUUGUACUCCUAUGACACAGUGAAUCAAACCCACAACAUGUCCAAGAAAGGGGCUUCAAUGGCCAUACCAAAAUCAGGGUCAUCAGCUCCCGAGACCGCAACUUGAUGUGAUAGCUUGUAUAGGAGUUAGCUUUUAAACAAUGUGUGUUUAGAGAUGGACCAUGUGCUCUGUAAAACCGGUACAUGUAAGGUUUCAUGGCAUGUGUGUUAAAACAUGUUUUAAGGGUACAUGUGUGCCAUUUAAUGAGUAUAUGUCAAUGGUGAUCAAAAAGAAUGGAAUGUGACAGUUGGACCUUUUCAUAAAAGCAUAAGAGCACCGUAUUAGGGCCAAUGGAGUGUUCUGUUCAAGGAAUACUUCUGUAUGUGAAUAGAAACUAGGAACUGUUGAAGAAGUAUCACAGUAAAAAUGUAUGUUGUAGUGCCAAGUGUUUUGGUAAAGAAAUGCCAUCGUAUGCGGAAUCUUCAUUCAAAUCAUGUUUCCAAAAAAAAAUGUUUCUUAUAUGCCUGUUACUGGUAUAUACUAAAACCUUAAUUUUCAUUAUGCUGCAUACGUAUUUGUUACUUUGUGCAUAGUGUAGUAAGUGUCUAAACUGCCCUGGUACUAUGGUUGGACAAUUCAGUAAACAUUGACAAAUCCAUUAUGGCAUAUGCAUAUACAAGAAUUGACUGUCCACAUGUAAGUUUGAAGGGGAUAACAUUUGUUUUGAAAGUAUCACUAUUUAUAUCCAGACUACCACUGCCAUUUUCUAGUAAAUAUGUUUUUUAGGUUAGAAUUUAACAAAUAUUCAAGUCAAAGUGUUGUUAAUGAUUGUGUCACUGACAUGUUAAAUUAGGUUUUGCAUUUAUAAAAUAAUAAAGCAAGAUAUU